CGCGACCCCCCCCCCCCCCCCACUCUCGCCGCCGCCUCCGCCCGCCCCCAGCGAAGGGAAACAAAACAAAACGCCGGCACCGCCGCGCUCUCCCUCCUUCUCCUCCUGGCAUUUGGUGGUGGUUUUUUUUUCUUGGGGACUCUCCUUUCUCCUGCCAGACUGACUUGCACCUUCUCGAUUAUUUCUCUUCCCCUCGUUUUUUUAUACUCUUCUCCCUGCUUCCAAACCCUGUGUCUGUGUGUUUUAAUACUAUCACAACCUCUGCUAAAAAUAGAUCUUUUUAUAUACCCUUCCUCCUCUCUGAUCCCAUCCAACACCCCUUGUUAAGAUUGAACACAGGUAUUACGUGCUCAUCAAGAAGCACUGGAUUUUGUAGGGCCCACUCAGCUUCAGAUUCGUCUUCAGCAUGUGAGGAGGUUUAUGCUUCUGAACCAGUGCUUCCAUUCCCCUGUCUCUGAGAGAAGACGGGUAUGUUCUAAGUGCGAUGCUACAGUCCUCCGGACAACUGUCUUCAGCAGCUGAUCACCCAGAACAAAUAAACAAGUAAAACCGCCCGGCUGGACGCAAGGCGAGGCGAGGCCGUGCCGUAGCAGUGUAGGCUGCUGUGGCCUUUCCCUAGGGCUAGGGCAGCGUCCUGGCCGCGGCUUCAUCCUGAUCCUGCAGGAGCCACAGGUUUUGUCGCAGCAAGGAUCUGAUCUAUGAAGACCUGCUAGCAAGAACAGUACUUCCCAGGGAAAAUAUACCAGCUACUUGUGUGUUGCAGUCAAAGGUCAAGUUUUCUUCAGAUUGAGACAGGAUUGUGGCUCAUGGACAUCUGAUGUUGUGAUAGGGCAUAGUCAACAUCUUUAGAUUUCUUCCCCGAGACCACAGAGUGACUGCAAAAGCCGACUGACAGCAGGGGAUUUUUUAAAAAUAUUACUGGUCUUCUCACAAACGGAUAAUGUUUCCUGUAAGACUGGCAUUGGCAGGAUUAAGUGUGUGUUAACAUUACGUGAGGAGAUAAUUACUCACGGAGCCCUUUGUAUUCUGUUAGGACCAUCCCUGAAGGAUCUCCCCUUUUUCCUGUAGCUCAUGGGACACAGCACUGAUGUGUACAGGACUUCCAACUUGUAAGACUGUGUUGAUUAAGUGGCGAGGAAAAAAAAAAAACGAAGCUGCUUUCAGGUAUAGAAGAGACAAGGCCAGGAUGAACACGAAGGACUCAAAAGUGACUGAAGGAGGUCUCAAUGUCACGCUCACCAUACGCCUCCUCAUGCACGGCAAGGAGGUUGGAAGCAUUAUUGGAAAGAAAGGUGAGACAGUUAAGAAGAUGAGGGAGGAGAGUGGUGCUCGAAUCAAUAUUUCAGAAGGCUCCUGUCCAGAAAGAAUUGUGACAAUAACAGGCCCAACAGAUGCAAUUUUUAAAGCUUUUUCUAUGAUUGCACUAAAAUUUGAAGAGGACAUAAAUGCUUCGAUGACAAACAGCACGGUGACCAGCAAACCUCCUGUAACGCUGCGACUCGUCGUGCCAGCAAGUCAGUGCGGGUCCCUUAUAGGAAAAGGAGGCUCCAAAAUCAAAGAAAUCAGGGAGUCCACAGGAGCCCAGGUGCAAGUGGCAGGCGAUAUGUUGCCAAAUUCAACGGAGCGGGCAGUGACGAUCUCGGGCACUCCCGAUGCCAUCAUCCAGUGUGUGAAGCAAAUCUGCGUGGUCAUGCUCGAGUCCCCACCCAAAGGUGCCACCAUCCCCUACCGUCCCAAACCUGCCUCUGCACCUAUCAUUUUUGCAGGUGGCCAGGUAAGAGCAGACACCAUUUUGGCUUCAGCUGGAAACCACACCGUCUUGGCCCAACCUCAGCCGGCGCCUGCGUUUACGAUUCAGGGCCAGUAUGCCAUCCCGCAUCCAGACUUGACCAAGCUUCACCAGUUGGCUAUGCAGCAUCCCCCCUUUACUCCCCUUGGGCAGACCACCCCUGGUUUCCCUGGACUGGAUGCCACCACUCCAACCAGUUCCCACGAACUUACUAUUCCAAACGAUUUAAUAGGCUGCAUUAUUGGCAGACAAGGCAGUAAGAUAAAUGAAAUCAGGCAGAUGUCAGGAGCGCAGAUCAAGAUUGCUAAUGCCACAGAAGGCUCUGCAGAACGACAAGUUACAAUCACAGGAUCCCCUGCAAACAUCAGCUUAGCACAGUACCUCAUUAAUGCAAGCUUAGAGAUGGCUAAAGUCAGCACCCAGACCGCUUCCGUCACGACCCCUGUUGACCUCAACAUGAACCUCUCUCAGUCUGCCACCCCUACCUCCACCCCCACUUCCAUGGCCGUGCUGGCGGCCGCCUCCGCCGUCACCGUCAGUACCCCCCCCCCCUUGCCAACUCUGCCAACCACCCACUAUGCCGUUCCUGUCUCCAGUCUGCUUGGCAUGAAAACUGUCCCACUGCUGGCACUAAAUGCCGCGGCCGCCGCGGGGGCCACGGGGAGUUUGUCCGCUUACACUGCCAAAAUUCCUUCGACGAGUGGGGUUAAGAAAUCUGACCGCCAGAAGUUUGCUCCAUAUUGAAGGGAGGAGACACAGUGCAAGCUUGGCCAGCUCUACCAAGCGUCUGUGGUAGAUCCUAGUUAUCGAGGAAACAAUAUGGCAUAUUUCUAUUUUCUGUUAAAUUGCUAGUGUGAACUGUUGCCAACUCAAAUUGUCUUCCACUUUCCAUAAUGACUUAACACCCAGGCACAAAGUAGCAACUAGUUCCAACAGCGAGUGGGCGCCCUGCCGGGACCCCGGCCCCCACGACGCGCCCCAGGGCUGCCAGCUCUGCACCGACCCUGGCCGCCAGCCCAGCCUAAGCAGGACACAGCAGGACAGCCUUCCUGCCAGGGCCACCGCCGGCCUGCCUUUCUACUGCCCCGUUGCAGCUGGGCAUGACCAUCAGCAAGGAGACACCUGGGGGGGCACGGCAAGAAAGAAAAAUUCAGGCCAAAUUUGGACACCAGGGGCCAACUUUGGCAGUACCUUAUUGCUUACUGCCUUAGCACAUAGAUUUAUAGCCAUUCGAAGGGAUCCCUCCAUCCGCAGAACAAUUUUUCCAUUGCUAGUGCUGCAAAUCUGCCAUCUCUGAUGCUUAGUGGCACCACUGAAGCCUGAACUAAAAUGCUGGCCCAACGCGACCUCUCGUGGUCAUGUUGUUGUGGAGGCCUCGCAGCUUCCCUGGUCUGACAUUUACCUGCUAGCACAUGGAGAAGGUUAGCAAGUACCAGAGCAGACAUGUAUAUUAAUACAUCUCCCCAAUAAAUUAAGCUUUCUGGUUGAGAAAAACUUUUAAAUGAAAAUGAUGAGAAGACAACAAGAAAAAAGAAAUAGGCAACUGUGCGUUUCUACUGUAUUUUUCAAGGAUGCAGCAAUUUUCUGUGAGGAAAGCAUAAGGCCACGUUAGGGAGGGAAAGCAGGCUCCUUUUUGCAUGCGGAUAUUUUACUCUUAAAGAUUACUGACAAAAUACUUGUUUCUCUAACUGCUUAAUAUGAGACACAAAUCAAAGCUGCACAUACUUGCAAUUCUGUUACUCUCCCCCCCCCCCCCCCCCAGCCACUGUCCCUUUUGUAGGGCCAAAAUCUGCUCCCAUUGACAUAUUAUACUGCAGUCAAUGGAAGAAAUCCCUGUGACUUUAAUGGGAGCAUAUGACUUGUUUAGCCAAAAUGAACUGGCCAUUUCUUUUUCUUGGGUUUCUGUACAAAAUACAUUCCAAUUUAUGUUACUCCAAAUUAUGCAUUUGGAUGGUAUUGUAAUUAUGAAUAAAAUCUUGUGUAUUUCAAAUGCCAUUCAAAGGUUCCUGAUUUGAUAGCUCAUAUCCUUUCACAAGAACUUAAUUAUGUUCGGAUUAAUUAAGACCAGACAUCUAAUUGCAGCCAAAUUGAAGAGAGCUGGGGGUUGUAAUGGCUGGUUGCUAGCUGUUGGAACUAGUUUUUAACUGCAUUUUCUGUUUGUCCAUCCACCUUCUUUUUAAUUUCUGUUGCAUAACUCAGUAAUGCAAUAUUGUUUUCUUCACCACUUCCAAAUCCAGAAUCCCAUUAGCCCACCAUGUUCAUCCACUUUGCACUCCUUGGACACAAAGCUUUAACAAUUGAACUGUAUUCAGUGCAUUUUAAUAUAAACUAAAAACACAAUGCAAAUGCAAUACUUUUUAAAACAUGGUAUUUCAAAGUGUGUUAUAAUUAUUGUAUAGGGCUAAGUACUAUUUCAGUAUUCUGUGUCAUUUCUGUAUUCUGUGGGCUUUUCUUCACCUUAGUAUCUUUGCACUAAGUUUUGUCACUGUAACCGUUUGUAGAACUGCCAUUGUUACAGUUUGCACUUAUCCAAAUGGGGGUUUUGGUUGUUUCUGUUGGUUUUUUUGUUUUGUUUUUGUUUGUAUAUAAUGAAGGAAAAACUGGAAAUAAUGUCAAGGUACCUCAGCUAUUUAACAGCUCUAGAAAACUGCUGUAAACUUGUUCUGGACUAUUGUAACUGUUUUAAUAACUGACAUUUUAAAAAGAAAAAAAAAAAUACAACUCUGUGAGAAAACUUGCCUGCAUUGAAAUGCUGUUCUAUGCUGGUUGUACUCAAGUGUUAUUUUUUUAAUAGUGAGAAGAUUUUUUUUUCUUUUUUUGCCUUUUUUUUCCUUUUCUUUUCCUCGUUUUUGUUCCUACAUUUUAGGCUGUCUUCAGAAGUUACUGGCCUGGGGGCUCUGUAAUGUAUCUCAUCAUACCCUAGUGCAUUAGCCACCAGACAGGACUUUUCCAAAGCCCCAUGAGACAAUGCUUUCUAUGGACUAAUCUACAGAGGAGUUUCUGCCAUUUCUAACUUUCUUAUUAUUCUGAGACAUCAAAAGAAAUACUUCUUUUACUCUUUAAGCAACUGUGCUUCCUAACUCUUGUGUUGCUUUCAUUACUGUUCCAGUUUUAACACUGUUGUGGCUCAUAACAUAAAGCAAAGAAAAGUUAUUUUCGGGGGUUAAUUUUCAUUGAUGUUCAUGCUUUGGCUAAUCUGUAUAAAAGCAUGGGCUGUUAGUGUUCUAAAUCAUUGUAUUCAGCUAGAGACUUGACAGUAAAUUAAAUGAGACGUUUUUAUAAAUAAAUUUUUUUCCUGAUUUAAAAACAAUGUGGUAGCAUACAACUGUUGUGUUGUUUAAAAUUUGUUCUUUGUAAUCAAGUUGCUAAUUUGUCAUUUGAGAAACACUAUUUUAUGGAUUGUCAAACUAAGAUCAUAGACAAAUUGCUUGUUUUCAUCAAUGAUUAAAGGUUUCAUAUCAUCA